UGUCAGACUGAAAUAGCACACAGGAGUAUCUCGGGCCGCGUGUCUGACACCCUAGCUCUGACUAAAACCCUCUUUUUUUCCCUCUCUCCUCCUGCAGGCGACACUGAAGAAGAUCCCAGCCACGCGCCUUUCGAGAUUAACGGAAGCCCUCGCCAACUAUGACCCGAUUCUCAACGAGUAUUUCUUCGAUCGGCAUCCGGGUGUUUUUGCCCAGGUGCUGAACUACUACCGCACGGGGAAGCUCCACUACCCGACAGACGUGUGCGGACCGCUCUUCGAGGAGGAGCUCGAGUUCUGGGGCCUCGACUCGAACCAAGUGGAGCCAUGUUGCUGGAUGACCUACACGGCGCAUCGAGACACCCAAGAGACCCUCGCCGUCCUCGACCGCCUCGACCUCGACACAGACAAGCCCAGCGAGGAGGAGACGGCAAGAAAAUUCGGUUUCGAGGAUGACUACUUCUCCGGAAACCUCUCCUGGUGGCAGAACACGAAGCCGAAGUUAUGGUCGCUGUUCGAUGAGCCCUACUCGUCACAGGCCGCGAAGGUCAUCGGAGUCAUCUCAGUGUUCUUCAUCUGUGUGUCCAUCUUGUCCUUCUGCUUGAAGACUCACCCGGACAUGCGAGUGCCCGUUAUCGAGAACAUUACGGUGCAGACGGCCGAGAACACGACGGCUUGGACGCUCGACAAGAAGGCGACCAACGCUCACGAAGCCUUCUUCUACAUAGAGUGUGUCUGUAAUACGUGGUUCACCUUUGAAAUCUUGAUUCGGUUUAUAGCGUCCCCCAAUAAGUUUUUGUUUCUGAAGGCGUCAGUGAAUAUGAUAGACUUCAUCGCCACCCUGAGCUUCUACGUGGACAUCCUGCUGCAGAAGUUCGCCUCACACCUGGAGAACGCCGACAUCCUCGAGUUCUUUAGCAUCAUACGUAUCAUGAGGUUAUUUAAGCUCACGCGGCAUUCCUCGGGUCUCAAGAUCCUUAUACAGACUUUCCGAGCCUCGGCCAAGGAACUGACCCUGCUGGUCUUCUUCCUGGUGCUGGGCAUCGUCAUCUUCGCCUCGCUCGUGUACUACGCCGAGAGGAUACAGGCCAACCCCCACAACGACUUCAACAGCAUCCCGCUCGGGCUGUGGUGGGCCCUAGUCACCAUGACCACCGUGGGCUAUGGAGACAUGGCCCCCAAGACGUACGUGGGCAUGUUCGUGGGCGCGCUCUGUGCCCUGGCUGGUGUGCUCACGAUCGCCCUGCCCGUGCCCGUCAUCGUGUCCAACUUCGCCAUGUACUACAGCCACACGCAGGCGCGAGCCAAGCUGCCCAAGAAGCGGCGCAGAGUGCUGCCUGUCGAGCACGUCCGCGUUGGUCCUCCCGCGCCCGCCCCAAAGCGAGGCGGGGGGCCCAACGCCAUGAAUCGUGGUCCUGGACCAAAGAUGGUCGGCAUGGGCAUGGGUCUAUCUGUUACCUUGAACCCCAAUGGCGUAGGCUUAGAAACGGCCCUCAAGGCCCCCUUAUUAUCCCAGUCGGGGGUGGGUGGGGGUCCCACUGCCCCUCUGCAGCCACUCUUCCCCAUUGCCACCAUGGCGCAAGUGGCCCUAGCGCAGCCCACCCUGCCCACCUCUGUCCCCACUACUGUUCCUGCUCACCAACCCCCCACCAAUACCCGACCCCAUCAUUCACCCUCACCCCCUCCCUCCCCUACGCGGCCUCUUCUGGGGUCUUCUUCAGGCUCCAUUGGGGGAGUCCGUGGACCUGAGAGUAGCCAGAAUGCCGAAACAGCUGAGAGCAGUUCUCAGGAGCCGGAUUCUCCUGGCGGCCUCACCCCCAGCACCGUCUAGCCCCGGGCAACAGCAGCAGCGGCAGCAGAAGCAGGAAGGCGACGGGAGUGAGGACGGCCGCGACGUCCCCGCCGCUUGGCCAGGUGACGCCCGGCCACUUCUGCUGCGUUGAGGGGCGACGGGGCAUGGCAUGUCGUGAUAGUGUGGCGCGCACGAACAGAGUUGCCUCGUCACAGGCAACGGAGUGGAGAUAUGGCUGCCUAGAUACUCGAUGCCUGUCAAAGGACUGAGACGAAGAAAAUGACUUCUCAAAUAUGAUAAACUAACGGAGCCAGAAACAUUAGGAGAAGUGUCCCUUGUCGGGAGGGACACUGCGUGACAGACCUAUUGUACUGUGAUCCUUUGGUGUUAGUUCUAUGAUUAUUAUACAUUAUUUUCAUUAUUUUGGUGUUCUGAAGACAAUGAUACUUCGAAUGCAAAAUGCUACAGCACUGUUUGCCUGCAUGUUUGUUGACACAUAUUAGCACAAUUGUUUCCUUUUUCAUAAAGGACCAAAACUGGAGUUAGUUAUGUAAUGCUUUCAUACUUACACAAUUUCAUAUUAUAAUGACUGACACUGAAAUGUCCACAACAUCCUGUAUCAUUUUCCUUUUUUUAAACUCAUGAUGUUCAGAGGGCGAAUCAGCAAAGAAUUGAAGUCGACGCUUUGUGGGAGGAACAAUGUUAAAAACUCCACGAACCGUCGACUUUGUGAAAGGUUUAUUCUGUGUUGAUCUCGCCCUCAUUCAUUACUCUACAUCUUUUAUUGUAUAAAAGGGAGUUCAGUCUAGCAUCAGCAGCGAUUAGUGAUUCUAAACGAUUGAAAUAUUUUGCUGAAGCAACAUGUGCAUUAUACAGUCCAUAAUAACAUUUAUAGUUAUAGGGUUGCAAAUCAUACGAUAAUAGGAAUUAGUUCAGAUGGCAUUGUAUUUUUGCUUGUUAGUGCAAGACACUGCAGUGUGGGAGGCGGGUUAACCAUGUCAGGUGUCAGUGACAUGUAACUUGGCAUGACUAAUAAAAUUUGGUGUGGUAAUUAACAGGUUAAUCUGACAGGACCAGAUCUGUUUGUAUAAUAUAUACAUAUAUUAUUUAUAUAAGUCACGUCCCACUGACUUCCUCAGCUGGACUACAAUAUACGGGAUUUACGAAUAAUAAUGAAAAAAAAGACGUAUCAUUUUUUUUCUCUCUCAAAAUGCAUUCUCAGUUACGGUUCUUGCUAAAUGGAUGUUGCCCCGAAUGGUGCUAAUCGUACGUUCCCACAAGGCAGUGGUUCUACUGUCUGAAAUAAGUCACAUGCAUAAUACUUACGGUGAAGCUGUUUUAAGUGCUGGAAAAAAAAUAAGAAAACAAUAUGGCGGAAAUGUUUGUAAACACAAGCAAUGCCGUGGCACCUGAGUCAGACGUUUCUGUUAUAUGCCAAGGUUGUGGGGAUCAGGCCUUGUGUGUGGGGACAGAUAUUUCGCAUUCACACACACACGCACACACACACACACACACACACACACACACACACACACACACACACACACACACACACACACACACACACACACACACACACAUACACACACACUUUGUAAUACAUGUAAACUCACACGUUCAUAAAAGCUACAUAAAAACAUAUAUAAAGCCACACACACACACACACACACACAGACACACACACACACACACACACACACACUCUUUGUAAUACAUGUAAACUCACACGUUCAUAAAAGCUACAUAAAAACAUAUAUAAAGCCACACACACACACACACACACACACACACACACACACUCACACACACACACACACACGCAGUAGUCUACACACAAUUCAAAAUACAUAUCAUUGUAUUUUUCGUCGCUUUUGCACAAACAGAUGUUAAUAAGACACACACAACUCUACUACUGCCUUUCAACAUUAUGAACCACGAAAUGAAAACAAGUAUCCAUCUGUCACACGCCCAAUCCUCAUUGAACAUAAACAAAAACUUGAACACUCCUUCAAUAUCACAGAGCACCCACAAGAACAAGAUCCGCGCUGUUCUUAAUUUCCACAGGUAUAACCUAUGAAGAUUGUAUCCUUUGUUUGCGUAGUUUUACUCAAGUGUUUGUUAAGGUGAGAGACGAGAUGUUGACGAUUUGUGUGAGGUAACUAAGCUAGUAGAAAAAUGCAACUGUUAUAAAGCAUUGAUUAUUGCAACUGUCGCUUAUUGUAAUUAUCAUCAUCACUGUAGCCAAACUAUAUUUUCACUUACCACAAAUUUUCCUGUUAGUCUCUGAUAGACACUAGGUUUGAGUUACUGAAUAUAGUAUAGAAAACAAUGCCUAGUCUGGUCAUCAUAUGACUGUAUAGUAAGUAUCCUAAGUCACGUGUACAUAGCUCCAGGGUCAGCCAAGUUACGAUAAUUGUCAGGGUUUGCCUGCCUGGACAACUAUUAGAAUUCUCUUAUCAAAUGUUAUUUCUUUCAUUAGUACACUGAUUAUAUAAAGUUACUGGACACAAUUAGACUAAGUGUUCACACAGGUGAAGCACGGCGCCUAUCUUAACCAACUGGCCCCUUAAGUGACGGCAAAAUCCAGGCUUCUGUGUCGGCCGCGGUGUCGUCGCUUCAACACACCAUCGCAUUGUUACUUAUUAUUAUCAUUAUGAUUAUUAUUCUCCAGAGAUUAGUCUUAUUGAUUUCCCUCUAGAUCACCUCGGUGGCGACACGCGCGAUCGAACCCGGGGCGACAGCACUCGGCCAGGCUAGCGGUAGUCUCUGAACCAGCUGCGUUUAGAAGCCUCCAUUCGAGACUUUCUUGGCCAUAUCCAUCUAGUUACCACCUGUUAUUGUCACCUUUUGGCCGUGGAACGACUCUUGAUUUAUAAUAGUUGUUAAAAUAUGAAUAUUCUAGCUUUGAUAUAAACGAAAAUAAACGUAAUAUUAUAUUUGAAGAAAAAAAAAACAGUUUAUAGCCUCCCCUCAUUGAAAAAAAUAAAAAGUAAAUCUAGGCCUAAAACCGGUAUUCUAGUGGAUCUCUUAAGUGUGAGCGAAGGAGGCCCAAGCUGGCCGGGUGAGGACCCCGAUCUCGAGCGCGUUGGUGGCCGUCCUGGUGCACUGCUGCCUCCCAGCCCAAAUGAAGGCCAAUCAUGAGCGAGCCGAACUGCACUUUUUCAUUCGUCGGCGGUCCAUUUUCAUGCUACGGAGGAUGCUCUAUGAUAAGCAUGCCUGAACCCCCCUCCCCCUACCUUAUCCCAUAAUUAUACUAAAAGAAGAAACUUUAAUCGUCUUUUUGUAGAUGUAUAUUUACCCCUCUCAUCCCCCCCUACCCCCCUCAAAAAAGAGAGAGAUUUAGAAGGAAAAACAAAAACUGUAUCCUUAGAUUACAGUUCAACUUACGUUAAUCUUUCUAUGGAAGAACAUGACAAUUUACGUAAUCAAAUCAAACAUGAGAAAAUAAACAAAUUAUAAAAAAAAAAAAAAAAAUCGUGCUGGGAGGUAGGUGUUUAAGCCGCUUCUCUCCUUCUCACCCUGCAUGUUAGAACUUACGGGACCAAACCACAGUCGGACGUUACACAGGGAGGGUGGAAGCCUCACUUGUCCGGGGACUCCGCUCUUUCUCAGCUCUCUGCGAGUAAUGGGAAGUUGCAUUGACGAAAACCAUUGCCCUUCUGAACGUAACGCGUAGGCAAAAAUGGUGCAUCAGGUAUGCAUCCACGGAUUAUUUGGUAAAUUUAGAAACUGUAUAAUCGAGUUUUGAUAUAGAGCCUCUCUUUUACCCCUCUCUCCCCCACACUCUUUUUUAACAACGCAACGCCCAUGGAUUAAGAAAUGAGUUGACAAUGAGUUUUGUGGAUGCAACUGCCCUUUAAGAUGGCGGCCGGGAGUUGCCUGCGGCCAGAGACAGGUAGUGGGUAGGAACGGUGCGAUAAUAUGACCUCUUAUAUGGGAUGUAAUAUGAGUACAUGGCUAAAACAGCAUGUGUUUUUUUCUCUCUUUUUUCUAAGAAUGUAGUUUUUGCUACGAGGCGGAAACAGAUUUGUGGAAACGCGAGGAAAAAAAAAUAAUAAUGUUAGUUUGUCAGUGGUAAGGUUGCCAGACUUUGUUAGACUGCUGUAAGCUGAUUCUGCCAGUGAUAUCGUAAGUGAUCAAAAAUGACUAAUGAUGGUGAUAUAAAAAAAAGGUAAACAGCCAUUCAAACCUCAGUUCUAGUAUUACACUUGUUCAAAAGGAUAUGUAUAUGUAUACAUCCCUUGAAGAGUAGUAAUUUCUGCUCAACUGCUGUUUAGAUAUUAUACAUGAUUAUAAUAAGAAAGUUAAGUCACAUAGUCACAUUUCAUAACUGACUCCUAAACCAUAUGAUUAACAAGGUCAGUGUUAACUAUGGGACUUAUCACACCUCAUGAAGCUCGACUGAACCAACAUUAAGAUUUCCUGAAAUUAAACUCUUGGAUUUAGGAGUUACUGGCAGUACAGCAAUUGGUCUUAAAUUGUUGUCAUAAGCUGGACCUUCUUUCUAUAUAUACAUUUUACUUAAUCAGUAUUGCCUCGUCCACAUGUGUUACGUACACAUUUUGAUAGGGAAUUUAAGUAAUGUACGACCAGCUACUGUGUAACAUAACUCCAAAAUCUGUACAGUACUGCGUGAACUAAAGGCAUAAAAUGAAUCGCGAUUAUCUACAGUUUCUCAUUACCUACUCAGUAGAUUCACUGCAACAACGUAAAAAUAAAAAGGCAUAUCUUCAUAUCCUCAGGCCUAAUGGAAUCAUUAAGUUACAUGUAAGAAGUCAAUUGUCGCUUGGAAUGCCACGGAGUUCUUGUUAAAGGUGUUGUUGGUUUGUUUGUUUGUUUUUUAAUCCGGCCUAUUUCCUGUAGAAUAAAUAAAUGAAUAGUUAUUAUAUAUAAGGUAAAAUCUAAAACCAAGAAUUCGGAGAGAAGUCGAUCAGCCCACUUUACACCUUUGAACAAAAACGCCAUCAAUUCUCAGAUUGGACUUACGUGUGUACUCAAAUGCUGGACUACAUUAUUUAUACAUAAAAGGUUGACAAGAGAGUCAGUAUUGAAUAUGUACAGCUCAUUAGAUUGUUAUGGUGAUAUAGGAAAUGGUGAAAUGUUGGUGCAUUUCAAAUAUUUUAGUAACUACGCUUUUUAAGGUGUUGCAUAAUAAAGGGUAUUGAUGAUGUAUUUACACAUGCGUAGUUUGUGCCCUGAUGCGUUGGUUGUUCUCUCACUGUUAACUUUACCUCCGCUUUCCAAUUUGUACUAUCGCCAUAACCACUGAUGACUCCACACUGAGGGGCGUGCGCGAGGCAGCAGCAGCAACAGCAGCAGCGACUACAGUCCUCCUAAAACAGCUGCUUCAUACUAGUCAUCGGGAAUUAGGGAUGUUGUCCAAGAUUAGCUGCAGUGUCUCGAUGACUGGUCGGUAGUUUAGCCCUACAAGUUUGUUUGUUUUUUAUUAUUAUUUUUACGUAGCAUACAGAUACAAAGUCGAUAGUUAAACUGCCAUAUGAACAUAUUAAAUACCGAGUUGUUGUCAUCGGCUACAAUUAGUUUUUUUUUAUAUAAAAAAAACAUAACCAAAUGACAGCGGUUGUUGAUGUGGGAACCGCCCGCCCCCCUCCCCUCUCCCCCACCCCCCUUUUCCUCCCUCCAGCUCACCCUUUAGUCUUCAGUCAGUCUGGGUUAUGGUGUGCCGGUCACGCCUUGUAAAGUUCAUCAAAACUGGUUAGUAUUUCUGUCAAUAUUCAUUUCAGAUUGAAUCGGAACAUUUGAUGACGAUAACACUUGAUUAAGACAAAAAAUAAAUAUAAAUGUACAAACUCCGAUCCCAAAAACUGUAUAAAAAAAAAGUAAAUAAUUGAGAUCUUAUAUUCUCACUUUAUAAUGAAUAGAUAAAAAUAAUCAAAAGUAGUGAUUCCAAGUGAACUUCAGUGCGUGGACCACAGCACAUACCACUCAGUCUUCUGAAACGUACUUAACAUGGCCCUUUUAUUGAGAAAAAAAAACAACUUCAUUAACUUCUUGGGUUUGUCAUUCAGUCUAACAUGUUAAGGAAAUCGGUGUGAAUAAUGCGAAGGCUGAGGGACAUGAAGGUCUGUUAAAUGUACAUACACUUUAAAUGAAUAAUUAAACAUAUAAAUUGACAGAGAAAAUUCAAAAUAUGCAUUUGAUCAAAGUGGUGAAUCACAAAUUAUGAUAUAUUUUCCAGUAGUAUUCAUCAGCCAAAAAAAAAAAAAAAUACAUAUACAAUAAAUUGAAUAGAAUCGAAUAUAAGCUUUAAAAAAAAAGUGUCGCAUGUCAUUCAAAAUUUUGGGAAGAAACACAAAUUUGCUGUUACCUCCUCGUGGCUCAUGACCAAGCACUGGCCUCUGCGUAUAUUUUGAUCCUUGUAAAAAUCACAAACUCGAUCUUGUUAUGAUUAAUCAAUACUUCAAUCUUAGCCUGUUAUAGACCUACAAGAGAGUACUCCUGUACAAUGUUUUAGACUGAGAUGUCAAAUUGCUGUAAUCAAACAAAGAAAUAUAUGUCAUGAUUUAUCACAUAAAAAAGACGAAACAAAAGAACUCGCUUGUCUAUUUCAAAACCUAAAACCAAAAAUAAUUUAAUUUCAUUUGAUAUUAGGAGAUACGGGGUUGUGAUGCAAGAGGGCCUUUUAAAGGAAAUAUAUAUAUAUAUAUAUACAUAAAGUUUGUUCCCAUGAUGCAACGGGAAACAAAUCUGUUACAUGGGACUCAUCAGUUCAUAGCAUAUCUACUUAACCAUUUUUAUGCAUAGAAGUGUAAGGUUUCAUUCUAUUAAUAUAAAUAAUAUCAAAGCA